AUGUCUGCAUCCAUGAGACUGCUGGUCCGGAGGGUGCUCCGUCUCUCGCAGAGGAACAUCACCGCUGCUGCUGCUGCUGCUGCUGGAGGGGUUUCAGGCCGGUCAGGCUGCUGCUGGGGACCGUCCACCUGUCGGUGUUUCAGCCAUGCAGCCGGAGACAAAACGACACAUUUUGGGUUUGAAACGGUGCCAGAGACGGAGAAGGCGAAGAGAGUUUAUAAGGUAUUUGAGAAUGUGGCGCAGAAGUAUGAUAAUAUGAACGAUGCCAUGAGUCUGGGGAUUCAUCGACUGUGGAAGGACACGCUGCUGCACGUCAUGCACCCACAGCCCGGGGUGCGACUCCUGGACGUGGCGGGCGGAACAGGUGACAUUUCCUUCCGUUUCCUGGAGUACGUUCGCUCUCAGCAAGAGCGGCAGAAGCGGCGGGCGGCGCGGUCCAUGCAGACGCCGUCGUGGCAGGACAUUACCAACAACUACUCCACAGAGGACGAGGGCGAGCCUCAGGUAUCCAGGGCUGUGGUCUGUGACAUCAACAAGGAGAUGCUGAAAGUGGGCAAGCAGAGGGCCGACAACAUGGGCAUCAGUGCUGGUCUGUCGUGGGUGGUGGGCGACGCAGAGGAGCUGCCCUUUGAUGAUGACCAGUUUGACAUUUAUACCAUCGCCUUUGGAAUUCGAAACGUCACCCGUAUAGAUCAGGCACUGACGGAGGCUUUCCGGGUCCUGAAGCCUGGUGGCAGGUUCAUGUGCUUAGAGUUCAGCAAAGUGACAAAUCCUGUAUUGGCAAGGCUUUAUGACGCAUACAGUUUCCAGAUGAUCCCAGUUCUGGGAGAGGUGAUUGCUGGAGACUGGAAGUCGUACCAGUAUCUGGUAGAAAGCAUCCGCAAGUUCCCGGACCAGGAGGACUUUAAAUUUAUGAUUGAGGACGCAGGUUUCUACUGUGUGAAGUACCACAACCUCACCGGUGGAAUCGUGGCUCUUCAUUCUGGUUUCAAGCUCUGAGAUGCACUCUUGGCAUCUCUUGUGAAAAAAGCAAAUAGACUUGCUCUGUGUUUCAGGCUUUUCUGCCUGUAUGACAAACUCUGCAGAGUUCUCAGACAUGAAUUUCAGAGCAUGAAGCCCCAGAGCUCCUCUCUGUAGAUGUCACUACACAAUGACUGGACAUAUUUAUUGAUUUAUUUUCCAGCUGAUCAGCUCAGCUCAGCGUUGUACUAAAAACUAUACUUAAUACCAAAGCUUGUGUAAAGAAUGCCACACUAAAAAAACAAAAUGUUACUGUAUCUGUGGUAUCAGUGUUGAGACUACAGGCAAGUGAGUUAAACCAUUUAAGUGCCGUUAGUUUUGGAUAAUUUUUGAAAAUAUUUUGGCAACAAAUAAUAAAACUUGUUGACAAAGUUG